CGACUGUUCGAAUUACUACCUGCUGUGCGAUAUAAGUAUAGCCUAUAUUUCAUUUCUAUCUGCGAUACUCAAAUGGUACAGUAUAUUUAUAACGAUGAAAUAUCUAUACACACGUAUAUUGAAUUUCUGUCACACAUGUAUAAAGUGGACCUAGCGUCAACAGUAUUACAUACAGCGUAUUAACGGACGAACAGACACCAUGAUGAAAACAAACCAAAAGUUGUCGGACGUCAACCAUGAAUCGGACCAUCUACUUACAUCAACUUCCUCCUCCGGAAAAGUGACUUUUCUGAGACGACUGCUCCCCCUGGUGGUCGGAUGUUUAGGGAUGAUAGCGGCUGGAUCGGUCUUUGCGUUCGGUGCCUACACAAAUGCCGUCAAGAAACAUUUCAACUACUCACAGUCUCAAGUGGAGGUGAUAUCGUCCAUGGGGAAUUUCGGAAUAUGUAUUGGUUUACCGGCGGGGUUAAUGUGUGAACGGUUGGGGGCCCGCUGGACAUCUUUUACAGCUCUUGUCAUGGCUGGGGCGGCCAUGAUGUUACUGUGGAGUACGACGUUCUCACUAGACUUCUACAGCGGAUGUGCACCACUUCAGUACGUCUACUUCUUCUUAGCGGGAUUCGGAGCUAUUUUUAUGUAUAUGGCGUCCCUCAUAACAAGCAUGGAAAAUUUCCCGCCAAAACACCGCGGAAAGGUCGUUGGGACGCUUGACGCCUGCUUCAGCGGUGGCCCCGCCCUUUUCUCGCUGCUGUAUGGCGCUUGCUUUGUGCAAGGCCACGUGAAUGACGAACAAAAUCAGGACUUGAGAGGAUUUUACCUUCUCAACGCUAUCGUGUUUGCUGCUGUUGGAUUACUAGGUAUAUUUACUCUCAAACGCUACCCACUUGAUCUUGAAGAACACGACUUCACAAUCACGCAAGAUCUGGAAGCUGACCGGAAGUCAAGUCAUCAGCACCACCAUUACAAUGUCCCGGAUGUUACCGGAUUGACUUUGUUUCGCCGGUCAGAAUUUCAUUUUAUGAUAUGGCCUUUUAUGUUAUGUUCUGGACUACAGCUAAUGUAUCAAAACAACAUCGGUGUAUAUCUUAAGUCAUUUGAUAUUGAACAAUACACAACUCUGUUUACAACGAUGAACCCAAUAGCCGCCAUCUGUUGUAAAUUCACAGUGGGUGUUCUCUCAGACGCCAUUGUUCACAAGGUCCCGCGUCCGGCGGUGUUGCUGUUCUUUUACUGUUUACAAACGGUUGUACUAACACUUUGUAUCUUCUUCUCAAGUAACUUUGUUUUAUUAGUCAUAACUCUUCUCGUCGUUGGCUUCGCAAAUGGCGCUCUCUGGUGUCUGUCUCCGACGAUCAUCUCCGAAAUAUAUGGCUUGAAAUAUUUUGGACGGAACUGGGGUACAGCAAUGAUAGGAAGUGGAUUGGGGGGUCUCGGAUGCCAGCAGAUUUUUGGGGCCCUGUACGAUUACAACAUCACGGCUAAAGGCUCCCAAGACUGCUAUGGUAUAAAAUGCUUCACGCUCAGUUUUACUGUAGUAGCAGUAUUGAGCCUGUGCUUCCUGUCUGUUUUGUGUCGGUCUACUACAGUCGGUCAUUGAACAACGAGCACAUGCUGAACGGGAAUUAGAAGCUAAAAAGUACUAGAAUCAAAAAACUAAAGCAAAGGAUAAAAUGCAAAGUAAACAAUUAUCUAUACAAGUCUGGUCACCGCUGAAGCAGUUUUCCCGUUACAAUCGAACUUAGGACAAGCUGAAAUAUUAUCCACAUCCGUUACGAAAGUCCAUGUGACUUUGGGUUCCGAAAAUAUGUUUUUACUCUGCGAACUCGUAAAGCUGACAGUGCGUUGAAUUUCACCGAUUCGAUCAUGUCACGUGGGGUGUUGAAGGGGCGGGGUUUAAUAUUAGUCCAUGCAAACGAGGCUCACACAAUAUCUGACUCCGAAUCAGAUAAUGCAUUGAAAAGGGGAGUUUUCUGAGUAAAAGAGAACAAGCUUUCAACCAUUUGAAAGAAAAAGGAAAACAGUUGUUGAAUAGGCAUGCAGUUCCCGAAGUUAUUUUUAGAGAAAAGCGUUCAAUCGUUGCAGGGACGUGGGAAAAGAUACCGGACCGGCUUUUCAUGCCUGUAUCCCACUUGGCACUCGGUACAGUACAUGUCGCCUCGCUUUCGAUAUACAUGUAUAAAUCAUACCUGAGUAAGAUAAAGUACUACUUUUCCUUGUCAAACCGGAUAUUUGUCCGCCCGAAUGAAUGUCAGGGAAAAUAGGCAUUGAAUGUCAAAACGCAAAACUAUUUGUGUGUGAAUUUGAUAGAUUUCCGAAAUUCUUCAGCGGUGAGUACCUUUAACUAUUUUUGUUCAGUAGGUUGGACAAAAUCACAGGGACUUGGCACACUUCUCCAAUACCACGGUUCAUAUACAACAUGUCCUUUUACAUAUCUAAUAUACCAUGGGACUAAGUCCCUGUGGCUAAUAAAGCAUAUCUGUGAUAAACCGUAACGUGAUAUUCUCAUACACAUUGACUAGGUGCCUUUAAACUGUCAAAGGGACUGAACAAAAUGUAUUGUUAUUAAGUUUUAUUGAAUAAUUAUAGGUAAUGUAUGUAUUUAUAAAAGUAACAAUUUCAGAAAAAAAUUACCUAUCAUGUUUUCGCUUACAUUUUGCUCAAGGAACAACGUUUGACUUCCGGUUGCUACAUUUUCUAUGUACAUAAUGUUUGUUCUGAACAAACACAUUGAUAUUGUAUCAAAAUAUUGUUGAACUAUGAGGAUUUUACAUCAAUUAAAGGAAAAUUAUUAGUUGUA